AAUGAUUUAUGUUGACAAUCACAUAAGAAAAUUUUACAUUUCAAAAUCUCAAUAUAAAAUUACAUGGAAUUUAAAAAUAAUAUUUUUUCAAAUAAUUAUUGCUGAUAAUUAUAAAAUUUCAAAUCAAUAUCCUUCUAUAUGAUGUAAAAAAUAUAUAUACAUAUAUAUUUUUCAAUAAAAACAACCUGGUGAAAUGGCAGCUCUUAUCAAGAAACGAGUCCUCGCAGAAUUUAAUCAAAGCCAAGUCGUAACUGGAGAACCGCCGAUAAAACGUCUUCGAACACUGCGUUUGCAGUCGAGCAGCAGCACAAAAAAUGGAUCAGACGUUUGUUCAGCUCUGGCUUACGUUGAAUGUCUGGAGAAAUGCAAAGGCGGGAACGAUGCACUGCAAUUACUGGUACGAAUAUCCGACACCCUGUCACGAAUGUCCUCUGAAGAUGUCCCAUUGACAGUUACCAAGUUGAUUGAACGGUUCGGAAUAGAAACUGAAGCUGCAGUGAGAGCUAAAAUUCUCUGGGUCCUAGCAGAGCUGGGAGAAGUGACCAGUCACUCGUCGGAAAAAGUGAGAAUAAUUGACGAAACGUCUCGUUUGUUAAAAAAUGAAGAGUCACAUCGAGUAAUAAGUCAAGGGUUAUCAACGUUAUUGAAACUUGGAGACUAUCAUCGCUUGGGAGUUUUGAAAAUAGCCCGGGAACAUUUAUCAGAUACUUGGCACGGUGUCCAGACACGUUGUCUCUCAAUAAUAGGACGUUAUUUGUCAUUGAACUCAAGUGAUGACACUCUGGUACUUGUAAGUCAUUAUGCUAGAUCACAGGAUCCUCGAGUUCGUGCAGCAGCGUUUGAAACAAUGGCAGAACUUCAUUCGGAACGCGGUUGCAGGUUGACUCCUAAUUUCUUUUCCGAAGCUUGCAGUGCUCUUCGCGAUGACUAUGAAAUAGUAAGACGGGCUGUACUGAAGCUAAUUUGGAUGCUGGGUAUCGAGUAUCCAGAAAAUAUAAUCGUCGGUACUGAUGGCGAAGACACUCGAAUGAUAGACAGCGCGUUUUCAAAACUAUGUGGACUGAUGGGUGAUUUGUCACCACGAGUUCGCGCCACAGCAAUGAGUUUGAUGGGGGCUAUGAAGAAGGUCUCGAGUAGAUACAUAGAGCAAGCUUUGGAUAAAAAGCAAAUGCGCGUUGAAGACGAGGGCUCUGAAAUAGAAGAACGCAGUGCAUCGUGCGGAGCUUUUAUCCACGGACUUGAGGAUGAGUUUCUAGAAGUCCGUACAGCUGCUGUCGAGUCACUCUGCACUUUGUCUCUGGAACGGCCGGCGAUAGCCCGAAUCGCUUUGGACUUUAUGGUUGAUAUGUUCAAUGAUGAGAUCCAGGAUGUCAGGAUAAAAGCCAUUGAGUCGUUGAGAAAAAUGUCUGCGAGUGUUACUCUUCAAGAAGACCAACUAGAGACAAUUUUAUGUGCAUUAGAAGACUUUUCAGAUGAAGUUAGAGAAGGGUUGCAUGCAACUCUCGCUGCCAGUCGUCUCGCUACCAGAAAUUGUCUCCACAUGUGUGUCAAUAGACUUAUUGAUAAUUUGACGAGGUAUCCGCAGGACAAAGACAGCAUCAGAAGCUGUCUAGCAGCUCUCGGUGCUUCUCAUCCGUACCUAACAUUGCCACUGGUACCACAAUUGCUUGGACGGCAUCCAUUCUUUGACACUCCCGAGCCAGAUGUUGAUGAUCCCUCUUACGCGAGUGUCCUGGUAUUGAUAUUCAAUGCGGCUCUACACUGUCCUAGUAUGCACGCACUUUUUUCCGAACACGCGGCUAAACAUUACCACUAUCUGCGAGACACGAUGCCGCACUUGGUGCCACGUUUGCGACCAGCUUUGGUUCGAGCACCCGGAGUCGAUGUGGAUGAGAAGGACGAAAAGACUUGCGAUCAACGAGGCCAAGAGUUCUUGGAGAGGAUGGUCGCUGGUGUCGAGAAUGCAAGACCUGGUGGUAAAGUCUACGUACAAUUACUAGAAGCUGCUGCUGUUGAUCUUGACAGGUUGGCUGAAAUGGACAAAAAAAUGGAAGGCGCCUCCCAUUUUACUGCGCUCUAUGUACGAUGUCUUUUACUACUGCGGUCUGUUAUCAAAGAAAUAACUCAGUCGCAAACAGAUUCGAUGCCAAUGAAUACUUUGCCUUCGUCAAAUAGCAACAUUUUGUUGCUAUUAAAAAAUGUCCAGCAAUUACAGCAUCUGUUUGUUGGAUUAGAAGAGAAUGAAAUAAUUCUUGCCACAGACGUUUGGUUGAAAGCACUAGCCGUUGAGUUGAUAAGAAUAACAAAAAGUGCAACUGGCAGCGCACUGCCACUGGCAAGACAAUUUUUGUCCGAAGCUGAUUCGCUACCCGAAGAUACAUCAAAAUUGCCACCAUUUUCCCGGGCACUAGUGAUGGAAAUUCCUACCAUGGCGGACGCUAAACCUGGAUCUCUAUCACGGUUACUGUUACCUCUUCUGACAACUCCACCAGCACAUGGAGAAGAACGACUGCCGCGUCCCUCAGUUACUACUAAAUUAUGCCGCGCAAUUAUUGAGGAACCUCGCGGAGACGCUGAUGCGGCUCUCAAAUUCACGGGCGGUCUUAUUCUCGGAAUACCUCUCACUGCUAAAAUCCUAAACCUCCGUGACCCGAGUACUAUCAGAAUUAAAUUACGACAUCCUGAUCAACAGGUGCAACUACUGCUGCCUAAAAAAGCGGAUUUGAGGCCGCAAAAUCCCGAAGGAACUGAUUACAGAUUAAAGACAACUGUCUUGUUGUCUCAUCAAGUCUGGAUGGAGGCUUGCAACGUUGAAGUGUCGAUUGCUCUCCUGGUGUCUUCAUCUAAUGCUUGUACUUAUUCACCAAAUGAUGAUCCAUAUAUUCUAGAGCUUUGUAAACCGACUAAAGUCUCCAUCGCACCUAAACCCGUCAAACGAGCGAUAUAAAUUUAGCUAUAUCUUUUUCUCUUAUAUUAAUUAAGACUUAUGAUAUGAUAUAAUUAAUUGUAAUUAAUAUUUUUUAUAAUAACAACA